AUGACAACACUCGCCCCCGCUGAUGGGCUAGGUGUGAAUGGAAAGGAGAACGUCAGCGCCUUGCCACUGCCCGCAGAGAAGAACGGGAAGAAGAGGAAGAGGACCGUGAAGAAAAAGAAGAAGAAGAAGACCAAGCAGCCUCGCCUGGUGCCCGUAAAAUUUGAAGAGCCUGACGAUGCGAAGACGAACGACUCGAUGGAGGAAGGGGAUGUCGAGUACGUUUCGUACGCGCCUCAGGAUGCCGAAGACAUGGCCGCCUUCGCCGCGUUCUCGAACAUCUUUGCCAAAUUUGCAGCCCCCGAGGAGCUCUGCAUGAGCAAGGAGGAACGCGAACAGCUCGAGAAGCAGAAGAAGGAAGAGGAGGAGGAAGCCGAGAAGAAGCGACUUAAGAAGGAGGCUGGCGGCGGCAGCGACGAUGAGGAUGAUGCCAUCAAGGCCGAGAAUGACGAGGACCCCGAAUCGACGAUCUCGAAGAGGGAGAGGAAGAAGCAGAAGCGGCUGUCGGUGGCCGUGCUCAAGCAGCUCGUCACGCGGCCCGAGGUGGUGGAGGUGUGGGACGUCACGGCGAGCGAUCCCGCGCUACUCGUUACGCUCAAAUCGUAUCGAAACUCGGUGCCCGUGCCGCGACACUGGUGCCAGAAGCGAAAGUACCUCCAGGGCAAGCGAGGCAUCGCCAAGCCGCCAUUCGAGCUUCCCGAAUUCAUCGCCGCGACGGGCAUCUCGCGCAUUCGGCAGGCCCUCCAGGAGGAAGACGAUAAGAAGAAGCUCAAGCAGAAGCAGCGCGAGCGCAUGCAGCCCAAGAUGGGCAAGCUCGACAUCGACUACCAGGUCCUACACGACGCCUUCUUCCGCCACCAGACCAAGCCCAAGCUCACCCAGCACGGCGACACCUACUACGAGGGCAAGGAGUUCGAGGUGCGGCUCAAGGAGAAGCGGCCCGGCAUGCUCUCCCAGGACCUCAAGGAGGCCCUCGGCAUGCCCGACGGCGCCCCGCCGCCCUGGCUCAUCAACAUGCAGCGCUACGGCCCGCCGCCCUCCUACCCCAAUCUCAAGGUCCCCGGCCUCAACGCGCCCAUCCCCGCCGGCGCCUCGUUCGGCUACCACCCCGGCGGCUGGGGCAAGCCGCCCGUCGAUCGCGAGGGCAAGCCCCUGUAUGGCGACGUGUUCGGCCUCGUGGGCGGCAUGUCCGGCGAGUCGGCGGCCCCGAUCGACCGCAAGCACUGGGGCGAGCUCGAGGAAGAGGAGUACGAGAGCGAGGAGGAGGAAGAGUCGGAGGAGGAGGGCGAAGGCGAAGAGGAGGAAGAGGAGGGCGAGGAGGCCGCCGCGCCCGCCGCGCCUCUGCCCGGCGUGCCCGACCACGGCGGCCUCGUCACACCGACCGGCAUCGCCACGCCCGACCACCUCGUGCUCAGGAAGAAGGACGUCGGCGGGCAGCCCGAGGAGGCGCGUCCGCUCUUCCAGGUGCUGCAGCAGCGCGAGACCAAGGUCGGCAACGCCGCGUUCGGCUCGGCGCACACGUACGUGAUCGGCAGCGAAGACAAGGCCGCGGCUGGCAAGCCGGCCAAGGGCGAGGCCGUCAACCUGAUCAAGAGCCAGAAGACGAAGGAGGUGGCCAUCACGCUCAACCCGGCCGAGCUCGAGAACCUCACCGACGACAUGCUCAAGGAGAAGUACGAGGCCACGGUCAAGGCCGCCGGCCAGCCCGAGCGGGAGGACAUGAGCGACCUCCUGGCCGAACACACCAAGAAGAAGGCCAAGAAGGACGCCAAGGACAAGAAGAAGUACAAGGAGUUCAAGUUCUAG